AUGGACUCACCGCACGACGCGCCAUACUACUGCAUGGCAGAUACAAAAUGCCGUCUCUGUCAAUUCGAGUUACGGGAAGGCGACUUAGUGAUCUCGCAUAUCAGAGGUCAACGAUUUUCUAUGGAUUUCAAACUCCGUAUGACUGAAAUUGUACACGAUAGCUACGAAUGGGUCAAUCUGCAUACAUGCGCGAGACGCCGAUGCAUGAUGCAAGGUCACCGUGUACCAUUCUUUCACCAUGAAUGUUUCUGCUUUAGACUCUAUGACAUAUCGGACGCACUGGUCGCUGCUGGAGAAUGGAGUUUUGAACCGCCCGCGAGUGAGAAUAGUCGACGGUCCCAUCGUAUCAAGAGCCUGCUGGCCCCAAAGCUUAGAGACCAACUUCAGAUCAGACUUCCUCCAGAGACUCUCAUGACCAUUGCUGGGUAUCUAGUACGCGAAUGUGCUGCUAUCACGGCCGAAGAGCAGUCGCUGGGCACCGAGGUCUCUGAUACGACAGUUGAAAUUUCACGGGAUAUAUACGUCAACUAUACUGCAGUCGAUGGAGUGCGUUAUGUCAAGACCCUUUGCAAUACAGCGUCAAAUUUUGGCGACCAAGAUUACAACAGGCUACGCAGAAAAAUGGAUAAGCCAGUUGAUCAAAUAUGGAUUGCCGAAGAUCAUCGAGGAAUUCGGUCUGUCAUAUUCUGUGGUGCGGAUUCACCGCUGGUAGGGCCUACACCGAUUAUGAAGUCGUGGUGGAGGGUUCUUACUACCUCGAACGCUACCAAAGAGAUUGCAAUAAAGUCUGAUGGUAUCAAGUUGAGAGACAUCGUUAUGUCUGGUGAGACUAGACCGUAUGCCAGCAGCAACUAUGUUAGUUGGGCAGAUCCUUCGCACCCAGACAAUGUCAUUGACAUCAUGACCCUUGGACUAGUUGACGUCUUCCCCGAGGGACUCAAGAUGAUGUCCUUCGACUGCAACGCCAGUGGUACAACAGGGUACACAGCGGUGACUGGCGGAUCCUCCGUUUCAAUGAUUCAUGCUCACGGGCAGAAUGAUACAAGCUUCUAUGAAGAUAUGGAUGCUGCUUACCCCCGUGACUUUUUUAUCCAUAUGCCUCUAGACGGAGGAGAUUCACGACCAACCGAGGAAGAAACACACUGUUUGGAACAAGUGGCCCUCCAGAGUCUUGCUUAG